CUGGAGCUACAGCUGCGGCGAUGGCGCACGAAGGCCCGAGGCAGGUCCGAGACCGCGGGGUGACCCGAUCCAAGGCGGAAAAGGCGCGCCCGCCUACGGUUCCGGUGCUGCAGGUGGACAUAGUGCCUGGGCGGCUCACUGAGGCCGAGUGGAUGGAGCUCACGGCUCUCGAAGAGGGCGAGGAAGUGGUGGGGGACAUCUUGGCUGAUCUGCUGGCCCGAGUCAUGGACUCUGCCUUUAAAGUCUACCUGACCCAGCAGUGCAUUCCAUUCAUCAUCAGUGAGGCACGGGAAGCCAUGCUGCAGAUCACCGAGUGGCGCUUCCUGGCCAGGGACGAGGGAGAAUCUGCAGUGGCAGAGGACCCCACAUGGGGCGAGGACGAGGAACCCUUGCCUUGCACGAUAGACGCCUGGGCUCAGGGAUCCGUGCCCGUGCUGCACGCGCUGACCUCGGUGGGGCUGAAGGAGAACUUCCAAGGCGAAGACCAAGAGAACGUGGACCAGAUCCCUUUAGGAGGUUCGUGGAUGGAUAUAGGCUCUCAGGAGCGGAUGGAAUCUUGGGAGCGUCCUCCUGAACUGAGAGUCACACCGGGCCCCCUACCCACCCUGGUUGUUUCAGGAGACAGGGCCCAGGGGUCCUUUCGAGAAACUGGACGACCAGGCGAGGGGCCACCUGUUUGCAGUCGGAUCCUUGAACGGGAGCAUCCAACUGUCGGGAGAGAUGGCGCCCGCCGGCAGUCCCCACCCUUCUCUGGAGCUGUCCUUGGUAGCCAGCCCUCAGGCCUCUGUCGAGAGGGCACAGCCCCUCAGCUCUCAGUUCUCGUUUGAGGACCUCUACUCUUCGGCGCCGCAG